AAUAAAAACAUUGGUGCUUGCAGCGCCUCCUGCGAUAAACUCUUUUUCAAUAGAAUUUUAUGCAAGAGAGACAUCAAGCAUAAACACCCGGAAAGAUGACGAAGGGCAAUAAUAUGAUUCCCAAUGCCCACUUUCAUAAGUGGUGGCAGCGGCAUAUUCGCACAUGGUUCAAUCAACCAGCCAGGAAGCUUCGUCGUCGCCAUAAUCGCAUCAAGAAGGCCAAGACAGUCUUUCCCAGACCCGCUGCCGGACCUCUGAGACCAGUUGUCCGCUGCCCAACUGUGCGCUAUCACACCAAGGUCCGUCCUGGACGUGGAUUUACCGCUGCUGAGCUGAAGGGAGCUGGAUUGACUGCUGGAUUUGCCAGGACCAUUGGGAUUGCCGUAGACCGUCGCAGGCGCAAUAAAAGCGUCGAGCAGAGGCAGAUUAAUAUUCAGCGUCUGAAGGAGUACCGCAGUAAGUUGAUCCUGUUCCCCAUUCACGAAAAGAGGAAGCUGCAGAAGGGUGAAGCUACUCCUGAGGCAUGCAAAUUGGCCACUCAGGUCAAGGGUAAGGUGAUGCCCAUCCGGAAUCCCAAGCCCACAGUCACCGUGGGAACCAUCACUCCACAGGAGAAGAAAUUCAGCGCUUUCAAGACCCUCAAGAAGGCCCGCUCUGAUGCACGUUUGGUCGGUAUCCGCGCCAAGAAAGCCCGUGAGGCAUCUGAGAAUCCCGAUGACAUCUCCAAGGCACCCAAGGAGAGCAAGAAAGCCAAGAAGUAAAUCAAAUGUAUGAUAGAUUUACACGGAAAAAAAUGAAGUUGAGAUCUACAAAA